AAAGAUGCUCUGUUGGCUGCAUCUGCAGCUCCAGUAGCCAAUUGAUCUAAUGCAGUUUCUAAAGGCUUUCUAUACAGGUGAUGUCAUCCUUUUAGCUCCGUUCCCCUCCCACUCUCUUUCCUCCUUAUUAGAUAUUUCAUCUUGCUGCGGAGCAUCCAAUCGAUGGGAGCUUCUCCUGAGGGAGCUGCUGAGAAGCAAGCAAAGAUAGUAGGAAUUAGGACUCCAGCAGUCAGGCUUGCUGUAGCCAUGGAUGUACUGUUUUGUUGUGCGUUACAGAGAUGUUUUAAUUGGAAAAGCUAGGCGUGGAUUAACCGUGGGGUCCGACUGAUGCAUUAGAAUACUGAGCAACACUGCAGAGUUGUAAACUGCAUUAAAACAAGAGGAGGAAAGGGGGGGGGGAGCAAAAGAGAAAAGGGUUUGUAUUGCAGAGGCUUUAAUACAUUCCACAGAGCAAACCUGUUAGAGCAUAAAUAUUGGAGCUACAAUCUGGACACUAACUGAUUUUUUGCACUUAUGAUGGACAAGAGUGUAAAGAAGAAACUUUAAUACCCAGGCUGUGGGAUUCCUGGAUCGCCUGAGAUGCUGAAGAACCCGUGCAGGAUUUCAGCUACAAUAUGAAUGUGAAGUUCCCGAAAAGUGGACCCGAAGAUAAGCCACUUGUCAAUGCAUUUGAGUGAAGAGAAAAAAGGGAAUUUGAAGAAUUCAUAUCUCACCUUUCAAUGCAUUGUUGCUUUAACCUGCAGUUCUAAUCCAUUUCAGCAUUAAUUCCAUUUUAGCAGCACUUUUCGGGUGCAUGCCUCUUGCCUGGGGGAACGGAUGGCUAUUUGUAUUUGAAAAGCCAGGAAACAUUUUGAUUUCAAUUUCUGUGCUUGUUAUAACUGGAACAUUUUCAUAGGGCUUGCUGCUGCUGCUAACUCACUGCGAUACUGAAAACUCCUCAGCUAUAGUGGAAGCUGUAAUCGAAUUCAGUGUGAAAUUCAAGCCUGAGAAGUUGCAUACAUGUAUGUUUGCUGCUUUGGUUUAUGAUUGUUACAGAGGAUCCAGAAGGGAUUUUGCUCAAUAUUUUCCUUCCGUGGCUUUUAUUUGAGGAAAGAAACUUUUUCCCCCUCCCCAGCCUAAGAAAUGGCUUUUCUUGUUCGAUGUUACGCCAACUGCCUGCAACCGUGGGCCUCCAAACUUCCAGCCGAUCUUACCAAGAUGCAUCUUACCGACAAUCCUCAUCCUCAGGUGACGCAUGUCCCUUCAAGCCAGUCGGGAUGUAGCAUUGCCAGUGAUUCUGGGAGCAGCAGCCUGUCUGAUAUUUAUCAGGCUACAGAGAGUGAGAUGGGAGACGUUGAUUUAACAGGUCUUCCAGAAGCACCUGUAGACUCUGAAGAUGAAGAAGAAGAGGAGGACGAAGACAUUGACAGGACUUCUGAUCCACUUCUAGGGCGAGAUGUUGUACGAGAGUGCCUUGAGAAAGAGCCUGCAGAUAAAACUGAUGAUGAUAUUGAGCAAUUACUGGAAUUUAUGCAUCAGCUCCCUGCCUUUGCAAACAUGACCAUGUCUGUGAGGAGAGAACUUUGCUCAGUGAUGAUAUUCGAAGUAGUAGAGCAAGCAGGAGCCAUCAUACUUGAAGACGGCCAAGAACUCGAUUCUUGGUAUGUUAUUUUAAAUGGCACAGUGGAAAUCAGCUAUCCUGAUGGGAAGAGUGAGAGUCUCUGUAUGGGAAAUAGUUUUGGGAUUACUCCCUCUCUGGACAAACAGUACAUGAAUGGAGUGGUCAGAACCAAAGUAGAUGAUUGUCAGUUUGUGUGUAUAGCCCAGCAAGACUACUGGAGGAUUCUGAACCACGUGGAAAAAAACACUCACAAAGUGGAGGAAGAAGGAGAAAUUGUGAUGGUAAAGGAGCACAGGGAGCUGGAUCGCAGUGGAACCAGAAAAGGACACAUAGUUAUCAAGGCAACACCUGAGCGACUCAUCAUGCACUUAAUAGAAGAACAUUCGAUUGUGGAUCCAACCUACAUCGAAGACUUCCUUCUAACGUACAGAACAUUCCUAACAAGCCCCCUGGAAGUUGGGAAUAAACUCCUGGAAUGGUUCACAGUGGACAGCCUCAGGGAUAAGGUUACCAGAGUGGUCUUGCUGUGGGUGAACAAUCAUUUUAAUGACUUUGAAGGAGAUCCUGCUAUGACUCGAUUCCUGGAGGAGUUUGAAAAGAACUUGGAAGAUACGAAAAUGAAAGGCCAUCUCAGAUUGCUGAAUAUUGCCUGUGCUGCCAAAGCCAAAUGGAGACAAAUUACCCUGCAGAAACCUUCUAGAGACUCACCUCUGUUCUUCAGCCUCCUUGGAGGAAGCGACAAAGGGUUUGGUAUUUUUGUAGAGACUGUGGAAAUGGGCAGUAAAGCAGCAGAAGCUGGGCUUAAACGUGGAGACCAGAUAAUGGAAGUAAAUGGACAGAAUUUUGAGAACAUUACCUUUGUAAAAGCUCUGGAGAUCUUACGGAACAACACUCACCUCUCCAUCACUGUAAAAACCAACAUUUUUGUGUUUAAGGAGCUGCUCUGCAGGAUAGGACAAGAGAAGAACGGAAUUCCACAUAUUCCCAAAAUCGCAGAAAAGAAGAACAACCGUUACUCCAUCCCAGAUAUGCCUGGAGAUGUGGAACAGAUGUUUCCUCGUGAAAAAGGCAACAAGAAGAUGAAAGCAAACACUGUAUCUGGUGGGAGAAACAGAAUCAGGAAAAUUCUGGACAAGACCCGAUUCAGCAUCUUGCCUCCAAAACUGUUCAGCGACGGGAGCGUGAGCCAGUCGCAGGACGACAGCAUUGUUGGGACGCGGCAGUGCAGGCACAGCCUGGCCAUCAUGCCCAUUCCGGGAACCCUCUCCUCCAGCAGCCCCGACCUCUUGCAGCCUACAACUAGCAUCCUGGAUUUCUCUAAUCCUUCAGCUGUUGGGUUUUACUAUAUUCCGGAUCAGGUAAUCAGGGUUUUCAAAGCAGAUCAGCAGAGCUGUUACAUUAUCAUCAGCAAAGACACUACAGCAAAAGAGGUGGUGAGUCACGCCGUCCACGAGUUCAACUUGACAGGGGCCCCUGAGACCUACUCCCUCUGUGAAGUAUCAGUCAGCCCCGAGGGGGUCAUCAAACAGCGGAGGCUCCCCGAUCAGUUCUCCAAGUUGGCCGACAGGAUUCAACUCAAUGGACGGUAUUAUCUUAAAAACAAUAUGGAGACAGAGACCUUGUGCUCUGAUGAGGAUGCUCAAGAGCUGCUAAGAGAAAGCCAGAUUUCCCUCCUGCAGCUGAGCACCAUUGAGGUCGCCACUCAGCUCUCCAUGAGAGACUUUGAACUCUUCCGCAAUAUUGAGCCUACAGAAUACAUCGACGACCUUUAUAAGCUGGACUCCAAGACAGGAAAUGCUCACCUGAAACAGUUUGAGGAUGUCAUCAAUCAGGAGACCUUCUGGGUUGCCAUGGAAAUUCUAGCAGAGCCCAACCAACUCAAGAGGAUGAAGAUUAUUAAGCAUUUCAUUAAAAUUGCCCUCCAUUGCCGAGAAUGCAAGAACUUCAAUUCCAUGUUCGCAGUUAUAAGUGGGUUAAAUCUAGCACCAGUAGCACGUCUCAGAGGCACUUGGGAGAAGUUACCAAGCAAGUACGAAAAGCACCUCCGAGACCUUCAAGAUCUCUUUGAUCCAUCUCGAAACAUGGCAAAAUACCGCAACAUCCUCAGCAGCCAGAGCAUGCAGCCUCCAAUUAUUCCACUUUUUCCUGUUGUCAAGAAGGAUAUCACCUUUCUGCAUGAAGGAAAUGAUUCCAAAGUGGAUGGCCUGGUGAACUUCGAGAAGCUCCGAAUGAUUGCCAAGGAAAUUCGCCAAGUUGUCCGAAUGACCUCGGCAAACAUGGAUCCGGCCGUGAUGUUCAGACAAAGGAAGAAGAGGUGGAGAAGUUUGGGGUCUCUGAGCCAGGGCAGCACAAACUCGAACAUGUUGGAUGUACAGGGAGGUGCUCACAAAAAACGGGCCCGGCGCAGCUCGCUCCUGAAUGCCAAGAAGCUGUACGAGGAUGCCCAGAUGGCCAGGAAGGUGAAGCAGUACCUGUCCAACCUGAACGUGGAGACAGAUGAGGAGAAGAUCCAGAUCUUGUCACUUCAGUGCGAGCCUGCAUAUAGCACGUUGACAAAGAAUUUAAGUGAGAGAAGAGGAGGGAAAUCCUCCGAAAUGUCUCCAGUACCCAUGAGGUCAAUUGGGCAAACCGCUAAAGCCCAUCAGCAUCAACAGAACAGGAUGAGUCAAGUUCUUCAGGUUCCAACUGUGAAUUUAUACCCCAGUAGGAAGAAGGGACUGACAAAGGAACACGUCACGUUCAGCACAGGUUCCCCACAGAAGUCAUUAAGCUUGUCUGAGGAAGUAAGUAGUAAGAAACAAACAGAUGACACAAUGUCCAUGGCAUCUUCUUUGCACUCCAGCCCUCCUGCUUCCCCUCAGGGCUCUCCACGCAAAGUUGGUAACAUCCAAAGGUCGGAUAACAGCAGUCAGUUGAACCUCUCUGGCUCUUCCUCAUCACUCGCCAGUGAAGCCAGCAACAAGAACAGUGGACAACGCAGCUAUGGAAUAGGCUAUGCCCUCAUACCUUCCACUAAAUCUGAUAACUUCUCAGACUCCAGCCACAGUGAGAUUUCAUCCCGGUCCAGCAUCGUGAGCAACUGCUCAGUGGAUUCCAUGUCAGCAGCGCUGCAAGAUGAGAGGAGUUUGUCCCAGUCUCUCAUUGUGGUGGAUUCAGGAGGGCCAGAGAGGAAAGAGCAUCCUCAGCCUCUGGCUGAUUACAGCCAGCCAUGCCCUGGCUGGUCCAUCACCAGGCCUGCUCUCAUCAGAGGGAUGGCUUUCACAUCCUCCAUGAGCAACGAGGAGAUCUCCCACGAGCACAUCACGGUGGAGGCAGCAGAUAGCGGCCGGGGAAGCUGGACUUCGUGCUCAAGUAGUUCUCAUGACAACUUCCAGAAUAUCCCAAACCAGAAGAGCUGGGAUCUCCUCAAUUCUUACCGUCACACGCAGCUGGACGGACCCAUAGCUGAAGUCGAUCCCACAAACUGUUACUCCGAGGAGGCUUACUUGUAUUCAGAAGCCUUUUCCAAAACCAACAGGCAGUCGAAAGCCAGCGUGGAGCUGGAUCAGUCUCGGCAGAGCUGGGCCUCCUCCAGCUCACUCUCAGACACCUACGAAACAAACUAUGGGACAAUUAAGCGGAGGGGGCUGGAGAACUCCACAGCCGAGCAGACGGAGGUUUUGGACUCUAAACCGGGCGCUGAUACCACUUACAAAACAGUGACUUCGAGCACAGAGAAAGGCCUGAUAGUGUACUGUGUCACCUCACCUAAGAAGGACGAUAGGUAUAGGGAGCCACCGCCCACCCCUCCGGGAUAUAUGGGGAUAUCUUUAGCGGACAUAAAGGAAGGAUCGCCCCAUCACCCACACCUAAAACCUCCAGACUAUAGUGUGGCAGUGCAGAGGUCAAAGAUGCUGCACAGUGACCUCUCUAGACUUUCAUCAGCUCCUCUCGGUAGUGAACCGGUGGCCUGUAUUGCAUCGAAGAUGCCUCAGUGGCAUAGUCGGCAGCCGUCCAACCCCAAACUAGCAGAUAUGACUGACGCAGAUAGUGAAGAGGAUGAAGAUGAACAAGUAUCAGCAGUGUAACCAUCAGGCUGUUUCUGUAAACCACAACACAAGGGAUGUGGGGAGAAGGACCACAUGAUUCUGUUAGCCAACGCUAACAACUUGCUGCUACUAACCUCAGACAUUGUGUUUGCCUCUGUCAUGGACAAGAUGGAACGGGUUGGAUCACAUCUCUACCUUACUUCAGUCCACCACCGCCUCAGAAGGCUAUUUCUGCCUGUGAAAUAGCAAACCAUUUUCAAGGAGUGUUCUGACUGCCUGGAUGCUGACCUCAGUGUCCAGAGAUGGACCAGGCUUCAUGCAUUUGGGAGGACCAGUUGUCACCACCAUUUGACACUUGGAAGCAUUCUUCUGUAUGAUACCAUGUAAUCCGUGGGUAGUUUUCCAUCGUCGUUAAUUUUCUACAUGACCAUUAUUAAGUCUAAGAGUGUUAUUUUAUGAACUUUAAAAAGAAAGAAUUUAUCAAAAUGUCAGCAAAAGCGAAGGACAUUGCUGAAGUAUCUGAAAAUAAUUUAUUAAUUUAAAGUCUUCUUUUGAUGGGAAUUUCCUUUAUUCGUGUUGGGAGUGCUCUGGUUGGCUAAUGUAAAUGUUUAGUCAAAGUGAUGGUGAAGUAGCUACACAAACUGUUGAGCUCUCAAACACAGGGAACAGGGAAGAGAACGUUAUCAGGUGCAGAAAUAAGUGGAUUUUAGAGUGGGGUUGGAUUCAAGCUAGGUGGAGCACAAAGCCCUGCAGAGCGGCACCGUCUGCUGCUCCCUCCUACCUGGCCACAGCAAAGACCCUUCUCCUUGGAAGUCUAUUUGGAAGCGAUUUAGCUGGCAGCCAACUAAGGCAGGAGUUGCUCUCCUCCCCUGUUCAGUAACAGUUUAAAAGGUGGAGGCUGAGGCUGGCAGGGAGCCCGCAGGGGAGUUUGAAGCUUCACCAGGUUCUGCCCUGCAGAGAUCCACAUGCGAAGCCUGUUGCUAGAAACCAAACCCUGAGCCGUGUGUUGUGGGUUUUGGGAUCAUCCCACACGUGGUGGCCCUCUGCCAGAGCUGCACAGGAUUUAGGUGCAAAGGUUAUCUUUAACAGACAUUCUGAAUCACCCUCAUUUCACAGUAAAAUCACUGCAGCUGGAGAUUAAGCGGCGUAAUGCUUAUAUAAGGGUAUAAUGUGUUUUAUGAUGGGUUAAAAACCUCUGUUGUGUUCAUCUGGGAACUACAGAUGGUCUCAAAAUACACUGUUUUAAACCCUAGGUUAAAAUCCUGGUGCUGUGGAUGUCAAUGGCAGCUUUGACUUCCAGCCAGCCAGUAUUCCCAUGUGAUCCUGGUGUUUGACCACGGUCAACUGAAUGGCUUAUUUGAUUUUGCUUAGCCAGCCAGAGCCCAGAGGGGUAAAACUGGAAAUACCUGCAGGUUCUUUCUUCCUUUCUUUCUUCCUUCUAGCACACGAUGCCCCAUUCUAGUGUUACAAUUGGACAUGAAUGUGUGAAUAUGUAUUUAAACAUUUAAUUGUAAAUCCUUGUUGUGAUGUUUACAGCCUAAGCUAGGAAGAUGAUGUUUGUCAUUUUUACAGUGCCUCAAAAAUGAUUUCUAUAUCCAUAGUUGUGAA